CUUAAGCAAUAUUCUACAUUUAAUUUUCAUUAUAUUAAAAUUGUUCUGUUGAAAAUGGAUCUUAAAGACAAAAAUGUGAUAUAUUCGGGUGGAUUUGGUGGAAUCGGUCUAGCCGGUGUCAGAGAGUUCCUAAACAGUGGUGCAAAGUACGUAACAAUACUUGAUCUCAAUGAGAAUAAGGAAGCAAUGUUUGAGUUAAAAACAUCUCACCCUGGUGCCAAAAUUGAUUUUAUACCUGUGGAUUUGGCGAAAAAAGAGAGCAUCACAGCAGCCUUUAAAUCAGCUGUGGAGAAAAUGGGUCACUUUGACGUUCUGGUCAAUGGUUGUGGUAUAUGUAAGGAUAGUGAAGUUGACCUAACAAUCCAAAUUAACUUGUUGGGGUUAAUCCAUAGCACCUUAACUGCGCUGCCUUACAUGGAUAAAUCCAGUGGUGGGCGUGGUGGUACCAUAUUGAAUAUCUCAUCCAUCUGUGGCUUGGAGAUAACUCCUUUAUAUGCAAUUUAUGCCGCUUCCAAACAUGGUAUUACAGCUUUCACCCGUUGCAUGGGGGACCAAAUUUAUUUCGACCGCUUCGGAGUUAGGUUUCUAGCUAUAUGUCCUGGACUUACCAAAACCAACCUUAUAAAGGAUAAUUAUUUAAGUACUACAUUUAAGUUUUGCCAAGAAAUAGCUAAACGGUAUCGCCAUGCCAUAGUACAGUCUGCAGAGGAGUGUGGAAAGAAUAUGAUUAAAGUAAUUGAAACUGGUAAGAACGGUGGUGUCUACUUGCUAGAUUUAGGCAAUGUUGAGGAAAUUCCAUAUAAAAGGCAGUGGGUAGUUACUUAUGAGACACAUUAUAAACCAAAUAUGGAUUUGAAAGGUAAAAAUGUGAUUUAUGAAGGUGGUUUUGGAGGCAUUGGACAGCGUUGUUUGAGGGAAUUUCUCGCCAAAGGUGUAAAGAACCUAGUAAUUUUCGAUUUGCAAGAAAAUGCAGACAUUUUGCAAGAUUUAAGGACCUCGUAUCCCGAGGCGAAUAUCUUUUUCUUUGCCUUCGACAUCACUGAUAAGAAUAGCAUUACAGCGGCCUUCGAGAAAGCGGUUGAGAAAAUCGGACACUUUGAUGUGCUGGUCAAUGGUUGUGGUUUGAUGGAUGAUACCAAAGUGGAGCUGAUGAUUGAAAUUAAUUUGAUGGGUUUAAUUCAUAGUACUUUGACGGCUCUGCCAUAUAUGAAUAAAUCCAAUGGUGGACGCGGUGGCCUUAUCAUCAAUAUAUCUUCUGUGGCCGGCUUGGAGCCAACGGCUGUCGUAGCUGUUUAUUCGGCGGCAAAACACGGUGUCACAGCAUUCACACGAGCCAUGGCGAAUCCCCACUACUACAAGCAUUUCGGCGUGAGCUUUAUCACCAUUUGUCCAGGCAUUACAGAAACUAACCUUGUGGCGAACAUUCACGACAAGGUAAUAUUUAAAUUCGCUGAAGUUUUAGGCGCACGUUUGGAUACAGCCGAGCGCCAAAGUCCCGAAGUUUGCGCACAGAACUUGGUGAAACUUGCGGAGACUGGCAAAAAUGGUGGUGUCUAUAUGCUGGAUUUGGGCGAAAUUAAGGAAAUAACAUUCCCCACCAUGUGGACGCCGGUUUUCAACUCUUAAAAUUGGUAUUGGAAUUAACUGUUAAUUUUAAAUCCCGAAUUAAUUAAUGUUUGUAGAUUGUUCUAUUGACUUCUAGUUUAUAUGUACACAUGUUACCAACUCUUUAGAGUUAUAAUUUUUUAGACAUCUGGUUUGCAAGAAGAAAUAAAAUGCACAUGAUUAAAUCUUAUGAACAAGAA